UACUCUCCUGCUUUUUCCCAUCGUCCCGUGCGCCGCUUCCCUUUGCCUCUCUCUUCCUCUGCCGCCGUUGUGGUAGCCGGUGGCCGCGUUGGACGAUGUCGUCCCACAAGACGUUCAAGAUCAAGCGGUUCCUCGCUAAGAAGCAGAAGCAGAACCGCCCCAUUCCGCAAUGGAUUCGCAUGAAAACUGGCAAUAAGAUCAGGUACAAUUCCAAAAGGAGACAUUGGAGGAGGACCAAGUUGGGCCUGUGAAGAGAAGCAGCUGUAACCCUUGCCAUGUCUGUCUUGCAGCAAGCUUUUGAGCCCCAGAACGGCUCCCUUCUUAACAGAGCCCUAUUCUUUUCCACAGCCCUAUUUUCAGGACUGAAUCUCUUCAUGUAUUACAAUUUUUUUUUUCCUCCUUUGAGAAGUUUAUUCCCACAAAGAGUUCUAGAGGAAUUAAAACUGAAUAAUUGGUAUUUUGUGUUCACAUUUGUGUGCUUUAAUUCUCAGUGUAGUUACAUCGGCUGGAUGCUUGCUGCCAGAGGACAGAUGUUCAUUAAUAAACAGGAGACUAGUUAAUUUCAAA